UACCUCGUUUAUUUUCCAGCUAAUGCAGCCAAAACCAAAGAUAGCAAUGAUGUGCAAGUUGGCACGAGCAGCAGCUUCAACGCUGAAACGCUAAAAAUACGCCUGCUAACGGGCCUUGUGUAUGCGUGUGAGGUUCGGGAUAUGGUUAUGUGUUUGAAUCGCGAGUAUCAUCUGGUAUGCGAACGCUUUUGGAAAUCAGAGCCAGCCACAUCAAAGUCUGAGCAUUCGCAAAUGUUUUACUAUCAGGAGCAAUUUGCCAUAAUAAGAGAUGCUAACUUUUUGAAUCGUGUCAAGCGUAAGCAUUUGAAACUACAGAUUUGUCAACGCCCUAUUAGCGCAGCCGCAGUUGAUAAUAAUGGCAAUCCAAAAAUGCCCCUGCAACCAGUAGGCGUGGUACUAUUGCCACUACAUCAAUUUUUCAUAGCAUUCAGCAAUGAAAUGAUGGCAAAUCGUUUGGUUACCGAAAAGCUUCCCGUUAUUUCCAUUGACGCUUGGACACCUAUUUUGGGUCAGAAUGGCGAAAAGUUGGGUGAAAUUAAGUGUCUGCUUGCUAUUGGUAGCGAAGAGCAGAUAAAAAAUCUUAAAUUACAACGUGGCUUUCGCCCUUUACACGCCGACAUGUUUAGCAGUAUUGCCAUAGACGCUACACGAGAGCCACUCUAUCCAAGUCUUCUCAUACCACCCGAAGAUAUUAAUGCAGCAAUUAAAGGAGCAAACACACCAAAAAGUAUUCGGCGUACAGUAAAUUUGAUGGAAAUGUUGCAAGAAGCUUUGGAACAAACGCAAUCGUCACCGCAAACGUCUGCGGCGUCUUCAAUGUUAUCACUACCGACGCCAAAUUCAAUGUCGUCAGCGGCGACUACCCCGCAACAGCAACAAGUGCAGCCCAAAGUGUGUUUACAGGAACGCACUUUCCAAUUUGAGUUGUAUAUUGAUUGUGCGGCAUCAUUGCCGCUAAAUCCUUCCGCUAAGGGUAAGGGUGGAAAGAAUGCUGCUAAGCGUUCAGCAUCCAAGCGUUUUCCAGCAGGCGAGCCACCAACCACAUACGUUACAUUCCAAGCAGAUGAGUGUUCGGGCAGUAGCGGACCUUAUAAGUCGCAUGAGGGGAACGUUUAUGCCACAGAUGUUGUUGAGCGCAGUACGCAUCCGCGUUUCACGCAACGCUUUUUGGUCACUGUGGGCGCUGAAUAUUUAGAAAAUCCUAAGCAAAAUUUCAUUCUGAAGCUAUGGAAAAAGGCAAAUGUACCGCCGACUGGCAAUGGCAGUAGUGGCUCCGGUACGACUGCACGUUUGGUACCCAAGCCAAUUGACGAUGCCAUCAUAGGUUUUACCGCACUAGACUUGGGCGUUUUUUUGCGUGGCAUGCAUAUUGGUGGCACUUUCAAUGUGAUCGAUUUUAAUGGACGCAUAAAUGGACAGUUGCAGUUGAGUGCCAAGCCAAUGGAAGGGUGGUAUGUUAAGUUUCUCGCACAACGUAUAUAUAAACAUCCACAGCCGCAAAAGGAAACACAACCUAGACCAGAUCUACAGUUUAUUAACCCUGCUUCUGUUUCUGCUCCUGCUAAAAACGCACAAUGCGCUGUUGGCGCUUCCAUUGACAAUGUCAUUGAACAAUUUGGAAACUCACUCGAUCUCACACACUUAAAUCUUAGUCAAGCCGUUAAGCAUAAAUUUAAUGAGCUGGAGGGUAUUUCCAAGCGCUUGCGCACACGUCUUAGCAGCGUGGCUGGUGAGCCAUUGCCGGAGCAGUUCGAUGCGGCCGGUUUGAAUGAUUGGCGACCGUUGUGUGAUGUGAUUGGAGAAGAGUUACCAAUGGAUAUUGAAUUAAAUGAAUUUGAGCGCGACAUUAAUUUACCACCGUUGGAUGAUGUGACUGAAAUGGUAAAUGCAAAUGAAGUGAAUGAAUUCGAGCGUGAUAUUAAUAAAUCCGCUAAUGCGGCAGGUGAUGAUGACCCCAAGGGCGUAGACGAUAAUGAACUCGAAGAGGCCGUUGAUGAUAAUAAGGGUGAUAAAAAAGAAAAUUUGAUCUCAAAGACGGCGCCCGGUGUAGCCGAUCCCAUUGUUGAAUAGUGGCGACAUAAACGCCGGAAAAUAACUAAGUCAGCAGCAGCAACAGCAGCGAUGAAAAUAAGAAAUACUAUUACAAUUAAACUUAUGCAACACACAUGUCAGUCUAUAGCACUCUUAGCAUCACAAAUAACAUUUUUAGCACCAUUACUACUAACCCCACAACAACCACCGACCGUGAAGGCAUCACCCCCAAUCCAGCUCAUCAUUAAAACGCUCCUUGCAUUUUCAAUAAAGGCUCAAUAGUACUUAAAUAAAUUUAUGCAUCGUAAUAAUAAGUAAAGCGCAACUUUUGCCAAUUUUUAUUAAUAAUAUUACUAAAUGUGUACGCGUAUGAUAAUAUAUAGUGGCUAUUGCAACUACUAUAUUUAUGGAAGUUUUAAACGACCUGCGAUUCUUAAUAGCUAAGCAAAAUUGUUAUUACUUUCUCCCCUCCUUGUCUUUAUAAAUAAUGUAUUUCACCCAAUUAGCAUUAAUUAUUUACUUUAUGAAAUAUACAUACAUAAAAAUGUAGUUACCGUAUAUACAUACAUACAUACAUACAUAGGUUUAAGUAUUGAGUUAUAUACUAAAUUUCGAGAGAAAAGAAACCACGUAUUUAUAAAUGAAGUAUUUAGUUGCACUAAAUUAUUUUUAUUAUUAUUACUAUUACUAUAUGUACAAUGUAAUCAUUGAAAAUUCCAAAAGAGUAGAUAUGCAAGGCAUUCGAUUAUCAAUUAAAAAUCGUGAAAGUGGAAUAAAAAACAAAAAUUCUUAUCCAAGCCCAGAAACAGAAUCUUUGUGUAUAAACUAGAAAUGAAAAUCAAAAUAAAUUCAAUAAAAUGAAAUGUUACUGGUUUUAUGUGAAAUCAAAAGCGUUUUAUAUAAAGUACAAGCUGACCCGGCAAACUUCGUUUCGCCCAAUUACAUUUUUUAAUGAAUUAUUUUGGAACAAUCACGAUUUCAACCGCAAUUUGUUCUUUUUUUUA